GAUCUGAUUAGCAAAGUUCCAACACACGUAAAAGUGCAUUUCACUCAUAUUUUGUAACAUCCAAAUUUACGGACAACACCACGAACAAACAUACGAUAAUAAUUUGAAAAACGGUUAGAACUACGUAAACCACGCUCUUAAUCUCGAGUGACUCAGACGAGAAACGAGCGUAUCGGUAAACGGAAAUCGACGUUGGAGUCGGUAAUUACCGGUAAAGAAAGAGAAACAGAAACGAUUGAAAAAAUUUGUCGUGAUCGACUGUUUAAUAGAAGCCGCGAUCAUUGACACAGGGACAGAUAAACGUGUGUGCUGCAGAUGCGGCAGAUGUAGCAGGAAUAGCGCAAGCCAGGAACGUAGGAAGCAUAUAGACGGAUAAACAGUGGACGACACGGGACUGCACCGAACAGCAUAGCACGAACAGGAGCAACAGCAUAUCAGAGAGGAGGGUAGCUGUGGUGUCGCUGGUACCGCUUAGCAGUGGUGGUGGUGGGUUCGGGCUCGAACUCGAAGCUCGAGCUAGCUAAGAAAUACGUUGAAUCGUCCACGCGGCAUCAUUUAGACUUUAGUCAUUUGCCGCGCAGUCUCGUAAGGGUGGUUGUGUACACACGUUGAGAGAAGAGACAGAAGAGGAAGAAGAACAUUUAUCUGAAAAACAAACACCGCGUGACUCGCACCGAUCAUUAUUCGAAUCUAUACUUGCAUUAAGGAAGUAUCGAAGGAAGCGUGAUAUAUGUACUCUGUUUGUAUAUCGCGCACGAUUUCACGCAUCUCGUGACAGUGUCAACGACGCACUGUAAACCGUUUUCGCGACAAAACGAGUCUCGUAUCAAGUCGCGAGAGAAAGAUAGCAAAGGACAGAGAGAGAGAGAAGAAAGUCGAUAGGGAGUUUCGAGAAUCUGGUCGUGGGUAGAACACGGGGAUUCAGGUGACGCGAACCAGUCCGACUAGCGACGCAGCACUAACACAACGAGAGCAUUUUGAGGCCUGCCGACAAAAUGUCCAAUUCCCAGAGGAGACAGAUGAUGCAGCCAUGGCCUCUGUGCCUUGUGUCUUUUUCAAAAACAAAGCGCUAAAAUGCUUCGUCAGCCACGAGUGUCUACGCCGCUGGAACACAACGUUUUACCGAAAUAUUAUACGAGGGUGCCUCCGGUUACGAGAUCGGUCACGAACGAUUCGGGUAUCAACCUAGAUUGUUCGUCCAACACGACGAUUGCGACGAACGCGAGUCCGUUCAACAGCCAGACAGCCUUGAUCGCGGAGAAAAAGGUGAUUCUUUCCGGCAACAGUGUCACCGCCCCCAGUAACCACUACUAUGCACAGAACUUGAGGAACAAUCAUCAGAAGACCCUGAGCGGGUCUCAUAUGUACGAUCCCCUCGACAAGGGUAUCGAUCACGAUUACAAACAACUCGAUCCAUUGUUGGUCGGUGAACCCCCGUAUACGGGGGUUGAGCUUACCAAGCCAAGCAUGAGUUCUCAAAAUGUCAAGCCGACCAAGGACUCGGACACCGUUAUGCGUACGCAGUUCCAGAAGGAACCGAAACCAUCCAUCAUGCGUUAUGCCAAUCAGGUGUUGGCUGCCUUGUCGGUGUCCAUGUGUUCCAUGGUGGUAGGUUACUCGAGCUCCUAUACCUCCCCAGGUUUGGUUUCAAUGCGGGACAACGCAACGGCUACGUUCGAAGUAACGAAAGAAACCGGCAUGUGGAUAGGAUCGAUCAUGCCGUUGAGCGCGCUUUUUGGAGGCAUGAUCGGUGGACCAAGUAUCGAAUACCUUGGUAGAAGAAACACUAUUUUGGCCACCGCAUUACCCUUCAUCGCAGCCUGGCUACUAAUCUCCCUGGCAGCGAAUGUUGCCAUGGUGCUCGCCGGCCGUGCUCUAUGCGGGUUCUGCGUUGGCAUUGCGUCGCUUUCGCUACCAGUGUAUCUUGGUGAAACGAUACAAGCCGAGGUGCGUGGUACCCUUGGUCUCUUACCAACUGCUUUUGGUAAUACAGGAAUUUUAGUUUGCUUCAUAGCCGGCAUGUAUCUAGACUGGAGAAAUCUCGCGCUACUCGGCGCUGCUUUACCGAUACCGUUCAUGAUUCUGAUGUUCGUGAUUCCCGAGACUCCUAGAUGGUAUAUCUCCAAGGGAAAGACAAAAAGGGCGCGAAAAUCGCUACAAUGGCUGCGAGGCAAAGGCACCGACAUUACCGACGAACUGUCCUCCGUUCAAAAGUUACACACCGAGAGCGAACGUAACGUUUCGCAGGGUGCAUUCAUGCAACUGUUUAAGAAAAAUCAUCUGAAGCCACUCUUCAUCUCGCUUGGCCUUAUGUUUUUCCAACAAUUUUCGGGAAUCAACGCUGUUAUAUUUUAUACCGUUCAAAUUUUUAGGGACGCUGGAAGUAGCAUCGACGAGAACAUCUCUACCAUCGUUGUAGGUAUCGUAAACUUCAUUUCAACGUUCGUUGCGGCAUCCGUUAUAGACAGACUAGGCAGAAAAAUGUUGCUGUACAUAAGCGCUAUAUCGAUGUGUCUAACUCUAUUCACAUUCGGUACGUUCUUCUACGUGAAGGCGACAGGAGUGGAUGUGACGGCAUUCGGUUGGAUACCGUUAAUGAGUCUGAUCGUUUACGUAAUCGGCUUCUCUCUGGGAUUUGGCCCGAUUCCAUGGCUGAUGAUGGGCGAGAUUUUACCGGUUAAGAUACGCGGCUCGGCAGCCAGCGUAGCCACGGCUUUCAACUGGAGUUGCACGUUCAUCGUCACGAAGACAUACGAAGACAUUGUUUCGGUGAUUGGACCGUACGGCACUUUCUGGAUGUUCGGUACGAUCGUUCUAGUUGGUUUCGUCUUCGUAAUCGUCAGCGUACCAGAAACGCGAGGUAGAUCUCUCGAGGAAAUCGAGAAAAGAUUCACCGGACCGGUGAGAAGAAUGAGUGCGGUCGCUAACAUGAAGCCUAUGCCUAUGGCCUGUUAAUUGUUCCUCUCUCGUUCGCUCUCAACAUCGAUAGUUAGCCAAUCAAUCCGUUCGACUAACGCGACGAUGAUCGCGACGUCGGCACUAACUCGCGCGUGUUUCGCUUCGUUAUGAAACGAACGAAUCCUAUAGCUAUAGUUCCUUCGGUCUGUUGAUAAGAACGAGCGAAGGGCAGGGGUAUCUAGAGAGAACCGUCUUCCGGAUCGAUUCUCUCCUUUUUCAACCUUUUUUUCGAUUCGUACGCGGCUGCUCUCUGCUUCGUUCACUUUCGUUUCUCCGAUUGUCUCUUUAUUCCGGCCCCUUUCCAAACGACCCUACACGUGAAACCGUUCGCUUCGACAACAACAAUUUUUUACUUGUUUUUAAACCAAACACCAAAUACUCUUCGUUGUCGGAAAAUUAUUUCCAUUGCGUCUAGCUUUCUGGAAAGGUGCGAGCAGAUGGCAGCCAAAGAAAGCAACAGGAUAAACGCGCGAAAAAAGAAAAAGAAACGAAGAGAAAAGACGAAGGAAGUUUUAGAGAGCGGAAGUUUCGGUAGAUCGGCUUGUUGUUUGUAUGUACUUACGAAAAGCGCUUGCUUGACGCAAGACCGGCUGAUAGUUUAACGACAUAAUUGCGAACGCAAGCUCAACUUGAGAGAACGAUCCGUUGACUAGACGUCAUACGUAACCGUUAUUUUUCUUAUUUCAAAUACUUUACAGGGUCUACCUCAAAUUAGUACUUUUACUAAAGGUAUACGAGUAGGUUAACGACAAGGAUGAAUUAUUUAAUUAGUACACGUGUGUAUAGAUUCGAGUACACCGAUAUGUUGUACUUAAGAAAAUGCGUAUAAACAACGUCGAAAAGGGAAAAACAAACGUUUCUUCCUUCUGUAUCAUCGCGACAAUAAAAUUUUUACGCGACGGUCGUAGAGGUAAUUCUUGUGCAUUUCUAUCAAUAUCGACCGUCGCGUUUGUACAUAUGUAUGUAGUUACCGAUUUGCGUCAGUGAACAAUUGCGUCAUCUAUCAACGAACUAAAUCGUAUCAUUCAGAUAUAAGUUAAGAAAUAGAGGUAAAAUAAUACGCGUUUAUUUUUUCAUCGUUGAAAUUGAUGUAACUCACGAAAGAAACGUAUCGCGCACAAUGGCGCACGACAUAUCGCAUUUCUUGCGUACACAUGUAUAUACAGAAUGCAUGUAUAUACUUUGAGAAUCGGUUCUCGUUAUACAACGAUAUAUAUUUGUAACGCGAUUUUUACACAGUAUGCGCUUUUAAUUCUUCAUUUUUAUUCCUAGUUUCCGAUAAUAUGUACCGAGAUCUGUUUCAGUUCAAUCGAAUCUCGUUUGUACUUAAGCGUCGCGCGUCCUGUCCUAUCCCGUGUCCCGACCCAACUCAUUUUUCCUCAUACUCCUUCCCCUUUUUCACGCCUGUAUUUUUCUUCCAUUCUUUUUUCUCAAUGCGUGGAUGUAUGCACAUCGUUCUCGAUGUCGUGCGGUUAAACUGCCUUUAUUCUCGCAUCAUCAUUCCGAAUCUCACCACUGGGACAAGACAAGAAAACGUUACGAAACAUUCCUAUCUCGUAUACUUUCACGUACGAUCUAGAUCUAUCGCGUCACGAGAAAUACGUGUUCCCGCGGGAAAGGCUUUGUUUCGUACGCCCCAGCCCUUUCUUUUUCCUUCUACUUUUACCUUUUUAUUCUCGUUUCUAUUUACCCAAUUAACAUUUCUAACGCGUGCCGCUUAGGCGUAGGGUGCUUGCCAAAUUUUGAGAAAAAAUAUCGCUCGAAGAUUUGUAACUUUACUACUAUUAUUUUCAUUCGCGUUAAAUUGACAUGUACAUUUCUAAGUUAUUAAAAUAUAACGUUUGACAAAAUA